AUGACUUCCCUUCCCAAUCCUAUUCCAAUUUCUUUGCGCCCAGCACCAACUCCAGCCAAAAGCUCCAUCCCACUACCUUUAUUGAUCGCAAGAAUCAAUGCCGAACGAGGUGGUUUUCGAAAUCUAUCAGAAGAUAGUUUACGACAAGAAAUCGCCGAAGCUGAACUUGGAGAGGAUGAUGAGGAGAAUGAAAGUUCUAGUGAAGAUGGGGAAGCAGAAGAGGAGCCUGAUCGUAUGAAGGAACUCUUGACCGCAAGGGAUGAAAUUCUUGGUCAACUUGAUGCUGCCAUGAUAUCUCUUGAUUUUAUAUCCCUCCUUCUGUCAAAAGAUGCGCCUGUACAAGCUAGUCUAUCAAUAUCACCAUCACUUCGUGAAUUGACCGGAACGGGUACCUUGGGUGCAGAUAAAAUAGCAGACUCACGAGUUACUGAAGAACAAAAGAAAGAAAACAAAAAGAUAGCCAAAGGUUGGAAAGCAUCAAAUCUAAGCAAGACGGUGGAUGCGAUUCUAGCAUCUGCGACAAGGUUAGAAAAAGAAAUUGAUGCGGAAACAAAAUACUGGGAACAAGUAUUGGCUGUUAGUGAGAGUGGAUGGGCAGUAUGUCGAUUGCCCCAAGAAAAGCAUACAUUGGGUGUUAGAUUUGGAUUUGCAGAAGCCUCGCCAACAUUUAGAAAUCGUAGUCUUGGAGCACUUAGACGAAAUCCGGAUGGAUCAAUAUAUCUUGACCAAGGGAUCACAAGUCCGGAACCUCAAAGUUUACGAGUUUUGGUUGAAACCAAUGGAGUUACAACUGGAGAAACUAUACUUCCCAAAGCUGUCCCGCAAGAUGCACCUAUUCAAGAUUUAAUUCUUCAAGCACGAAAUACUAUUUUCACAUCCGAACUUUGGCAAGAAAUGAUUCGGGAGGUAAGAACUCUCGCAUCUCAUGGUUUACAAUCGGACUCCAAAACGAAUACAAUCACAUUUCCACUUUCUCCAACUAAGAAGAUUUUAAUCGAGCUUCAAACAUUACCUACCGAUCCUUUUCGGCCAGUUCUAGGUCCACGACCAGAUUCAUACCUUGCCAAUGGUAUCUAUCUAACUCUUCAUCUUCUCCUUUCUCUUUCACAUCGCCGACACCAUCGUAUUCGAACCAAUCCACCACCACCAAUCUCUGGUCAACCUCGUCCAAACAAUCCGUUCCCCAUCCUACGCUCUCUUUUAACCCGCUUCGCUCAUGAAACCGUAAUUUCAUCUCUUCACUCACUGCUCACGCCUCUCUGCACAGCUCUUACCUCAGCCUGCCUUUCAACCCCACCAACUUAUAUCAUCACCCCAGGCACUUCUUCCUCUUUCCAAAACCUUUCAACUCCGGAAAGAAUACUCACAACUUUAACAAAUCACUUAGAAUUCCUAACGACCAUCACAUUUCCAUUUCCUCUUUCAUCACCACCUCAUUCUUCCAUUCCAUCAUCCUUUUCCCAUACCACACCACUUACUCCUGUACCCUCUAUCCUUCAAAUCCGCACUCUAACCAUUACUCAAAAUUAUUCUCGCCCAGUUUACUAUCUACGCAUCACACCAGAUACUUCCCCUCUUCUCCAAAUCUGCCCACCUCCCCCAGCAGUUGCAGAGUGGGAUUACGUGAAAGAUUAUAUUUUAUGGGCAAUGGGUUGUUGGUUAGCUUAUAUUUUCUCCUCUCCGUUUACAAAAGAAGAGGAAGGAUGGAAAGUAACAACACAAGCUAAUAUUCUUCGAAAAAUUUUCUCGGGAUUAAACGAUGAGGGAGGGGUUAAACAAAUGAGUUUUGAAGUUUCUUCAAUCCCGAUUCUGGGACCGGAAGUACCAGGUAGGGUUGGGGAAAAGGGGAAAGAAAAGAUUAGAAUUUCAGUUAGGUGGGAGUGGACCACGGGUAUUGAUCAAGAAUGGAAAGAGAGAAGGGAUUUGAAACAGGGAGAGGGAGCUUAUGAUUGGUAUAGCGGUGUAGGUGCUAUAGGUGCAGGGGAAUUAGAAGAAGUAGUUAGGAAAAUAGGUGAUGUUGUUGAGGAGGCUGGAAGGGGAAAGUUAUAG